AUGGCCCAGCCCAGUCCUAGGAGUUUGGUUACGCAAGGAAUUGUUGCUCCAACCUUUAUGGAUUUCUUACCUAAUCCCACCUGCUUAGACUCAGUUAUCUGGACUUUGCAUCCCAGUAUUGUUUACUCUACUUCAUCUGCUUGGCAAGCUCUUAGAACCAAGGCCUCUCCUGCUCCUUGGAGUAGAGUUAUCUGGUUCCAUAUACAUGUACCUCGAUGGGCUAUAAUUGAAUGGAUGGCCACCUUAGGUCGGUUAUCCAUUAAGCACAGGUUACUAAGUCGGGGGAUUGCUACAAAUGACCUCUGUGCUCUCUGUGGUACUGGUCAGGAAUCCCACGGUUACCUCUUUUUGGCUUGCACCUUCUCCACUUGUGUUUGGUCUCAUUUCUUGUGCGAGAAUGAUGUUUCUACACCUCUCCUUAACCUUCAAGGAGAAUUGAACUGGGCAAAGCUUCACAGGGGUUCUUCCAGCUUUCAGCACAUUGUUUUCAAACUUUCCUUGGCUGCUUUCAUUUAUGGAUUGUGGUGUGAAAGAAACAGAAGGAUCUUCAGAGCUUUGAGCUUGACUACUGGGGAGCAUGGUGCUAAAGUUGAAUCUGAUUUGAGGGUAUGUAUCUCUUCUUGGAGGUCAGAUGCAAAUAGGGUGCUUUGCUCCUCAUGGAAUGUCUCUCCUAUUGUGCUUACUAGAGGAUGA